CUCAACUGAGCGCGCCUCUCUCACUGUCUCUUACUCUGAUACUCAACCUUAACCGAACAUGGCGGAAGAAGUUCCAGCGGCGGCGGCGGCGGCUAAAGCUCCAGCGAAGUCUCCCAAGAGAAAAGCCGCGAAGCGCGUCAAGAAAGACGGACCCAAUCUGAAGCAGCUGGUCAUCGCCGCAGUUGCUGACAGCAAGGAACGCAAAGGUGCGUCCGCGUCUGCUAUCAAGAAAUAUCUGGCCGCUAAAGACGUCGAUGUGAACAAGUUGAACAAACGGAUCAACAAAACCAUCGUCUCACUGGUAGAAGCUGGAGUUCUGAACCAGACCUCGGGCUCCGGCGCUUCUGGUUCCUACAGACUCACCAAGAAGGAAUCUAAACCCGCGAAGAAAGACGACAAGAAAGUGGUGAAGAAGAAGACGACCGCGACCGCCGCUAAAGUAAAGAAACCCGCCGCCAAGAAAGCGACGACUCCUGUGAAGAGAGCGCCCGCUAAGAACGCUGUGACACCGAAGAAGAAGGCGAAGGCGAAGGCGGCGAAGAAACCGGCUGCCAAGAAAGCGCCGGCAAAGAAGACGACGAAGAAGAGUCCGAAGAAGGUCGCUGCCAAGAAGACCGCGAAAACCACCAAAAAGCCUGCCGCAAAGAAAACUGCGAAGAAGGCCACAGCGAAGAAGAGUAAGAAGUGAAGAGGAUGUUUGAUUCCUGACCGCAGUCCAAACCAAAGGCUCUUUUAAGAGCCACCACACGUCACUAACGAGCGUUGACCUCUAUAGUCUCGUGUAUGUGUGUGUGUGUGUGUAUAUCAACUUAUGUGUUCUCAAAUGUCUUGACCAAAAACGAUUCAGUUUUAAUGAAUCAUUGAAAGAAACCACAAUGUAACAACAUUCACAAUUAAGAAGCUGGGAAAUCAUCAAACUGAUUAUCCAAAUGGUUGGCAAUUAGUUGGGUAAUUGAUUUCGAGUGAUGUAGCGUGUGCAUUGUCUUUGAUCCAUUACUCUUCAUUGUCAAUAGUGUAAUACUAUAAUAUUAUCAAUAACCCUAAAAUGUGUAUAUAUAUACAUAUAUAUGUAUGUAUAUAUAUAAUAACUGGGAAAUGAGCUGUACUGGAAGCUCAUGUACUUGAAGAAAGAACAAAGAAGACGCUGCUGUGUAUAUAUUACUGUGUCCUGGUGCUUCAAAGCCAUUUGAUACAUGAAUAGUGAAUUUUGAUCUACAAUAGUAUUAGAAUAGUUGUCCUUUCUGCCCUAGAAUAUAAUCCACUACCUCUAACUGCAUUCAGGACUGAUAAGACAAAAAAACCUGUUACGUCAUUUAAUGACAAAUCAUGCACAAAACUACUUAUGAAAGUAAAAUAAACUUUAUGAAAUAUAUAAACAGUA